AUGAAGAUCUAUAAAUCAUUUGCAUUUGAUCAAAACAUUCCCUAGACCGAUUACGAGAAGUACAUCAACCCUGACGACCUGUUGAAUGAGAGCUUCGAGGAAUUGAAGGGAGAGUUCAAAAAUUACAGAACCAAGAAAGGAAGAGACAUAAUCAAACAAGAGAUGGAAAUGAGAAAGUAACUGCAAAUGAAGAGGAAAAAAAAUUAAUCUGGGUUAGUGGUCUAACAAAAAAAGCAUGAGGAUUAGGAUAAUCAAAAAGACAUGUUAGGAAACAUUGGAUUGUUGAUUCGGUAGUAAGAGAGGAAGUGCAAAUAAAUUAAAAAGGAAGUGCAGUCGCCAAACUUUGGUUAGGACUAUACAACGAUGAAACAGAAAAUCCAGAAGACUGAUGUGACAAAAUAACCAAUAUUCAGUUAAGAAGACUUUGCUAAGUUGAUUCAAAGGGAAGAUGAGGAUGAAUUGAUUUAAACAUAAACAAGGACCAUGCAUAAACCUAGAGAGGGUUUCAAGUCUCGAUUCAUUGAGAAGUAAAUUCCAAUGUAUAAGAAUAUGGAGCAGUCCUCUGAAAUCGAUUCAAAAAAGUAAAUGGACAGCAAAAUAUUGACUAAAUCAAAUAAGACGAUUAAACAAUUUGGUCUUUAGUAAUCUCGAGAGUCCCCUACCAACGCGAUGUUUGAAGGCGAGGCUAAACGCAUAUCGAAAUCAUAUCUCUAUAAGACUUGGCUUAAAGGAGAAGAGGCAUAAAAUAAGAAGUUCAAGAAGCCAAGGAGGACUGAGUCUUAUCAUAAGGCAGCUGCUUAAAGGGAAGAGAUAAAGAGUUAAUUGAAGGAAAGAGCCUAAGUGGCAUUCAAACGUUAUGAAAGUAUGGGGAAGACAUGGGAAAAGUUCGGAGUAUUUUCAUAGGACAUUUUGGAUUUCAGAAUGCAGACUUUAAAAGAGGCUAAAAUCUAAAGAUUAUUACUUGAGUAAUAAGAACAUGAUCUUAAGAAGGUCGAAUCUAAUGAACAGAGAGACCCGGACAUGCUCACUCGAUUAGUGAAAGUGAUCACUAAACCUAAUUCAGAUAACAAAGAAGAAGUCAAAACUAACUUUGAGUAUCAUGAACAAAGACUUAAGGAUAUGAGAACGAGGACUAGAUAAAUUUAGAGAGCUGGAUUUUGA